ACCCUCCAAAAAAUUAAAACUAAAGAAAAAGAUGCAUACAUAAAUAGAGUGAGAAAUAAAAGCGCAGAAAAGGGAAGAAGUUUGGGAGAAGAGAGAGAAAAAUAGGGAAGAGAGACGACGUUUCAUUUCAUAGUCUUACUGCACACAUCUCAAGCAUAACUUGUUUUUUUUUUUUCUUUAUUUAUUAUUUUUCUUUUUCUUUUUUGUGGGUAUAAAUUAGGAGUAUCAAAGGUGGGGGUUGAGGAGUACAUACACACUUAUGGUCUCAAAUCACUUAUAACGGCUAUAUCUGAAGUUGUGAGAUUGUAAUUUUUGGAGUUUGAAAAAGUGUUGUUAAUCUUAUGGAUUAUCAAAAUCAUAAGGAGUCAUGGAAAUGGCAAGGGGAAGAUCGUCAACUCAGGAACGAAUCUAAUUGCGCAGAUAUUGCCAAAUGUAUGUCGAAUGGUAUGGUUGUGACUCAAAAUGAAGAAGACAUCUCCUACAUACUAGAGGAAACAACUCCGAUUAAGGCUUGUGGUGACCUGGCUUACGAAUUUGAUAAUUCUUCAAUUAUGAGCAAGACACCACAAGAGUGCAAAGAGUACACUUCUCAAGUAAAGCGGCGGCGUAUGCUGGACUUUGAUAAUACAAUUGAUGAUAUCUCAUCCUCAUUUCUCAAAUCUAAGGAAAGAAUCGAUUCUUUUGAUGACAUUGACCUUCUACCAGAAAUAUCACAAUGGGAAGCUUGUUUGCAAGAGGAUUUGUGUAUUGAGGAUUUGGCUCAAUCUGAAGCUUGGCUUGCUGAUUGCCUUGUUGAUGCCGACAUGAAUAUUAGCUCCGAUGAUGGGUAUGCAUCAGUACCAUCUGAUAUUCAGAUAGGUAUGAAAGACGUUUGCAAUAUUGCACCUAAUUCUGAACCACCCAUUAUGGCUCAACGACCAGUCAGAAGUUCUCGAAAUAUUAUUUUUAAAGGUAGGAAAUCAUACAUGCGAACACCAACAAAACUUGCUUCUUCGGUUGCAUAUCCAUUUGAUUUCAUUAAACCUUGCGGAGUUCGUGGAGAUGUGACUCUUAAGGAUAUAAAUCAGCGGAUACUUACCCCACCUCCUUCAAAAUCUAAGCAAAUUAAGGAAGAUCCUGCCUAUCCUACUUCAGCCUUUUCUGGUAAACCUGUUGUUGGUAAAACAAAAAUUCCAACUCAAGGAGGAAAAGGUAGCAUAACAAUUAUGAGAACUAAAGGAUGAAUUGAGGAUCUGAUUCUUCUUUUUUUGUGGCUCUCCUUCACAUAUAUAUUCCGGGGCUGAAUCAUUUUGGCAUUAUUUUGCAACAUUAGGUUAUAAUUAAGUAGUAUUUAUGCAUCACACAAACACACAACACAUAGAAGUGUUGGUGUAUGAAUCGGCAGUUCGAGCAAGAUUGAGAGCUUAUUUUUUGGUUCUUCAGAGGCUGCCAUUGCAGGCGUAUUCUUUAGCCUGUUACAAAAUUUGUAGCGUAGUUAUUACAAGUCCUGAAGUUAAUUAUGGCGGUGUUUUUUGUACAUGUUGGUUUAUGAAAUACAAAUUCCUUGAUGUAUCUAAUCGAUGUUGUUGCUUCUGUUUAUUGGAAUGGAAUGGAAUGAAAUGAAUAGAAAAAAUUGUUUCUUGGCCUCCAAA